GCUUUGAUAUAAAAUCAUUGCUCUAAGGUGAGGUUCAUUCACUGUCGACUGCUAUUACUCGCAAAAUGUCUGAUAAAUCAGAAACUUCCAAGAUUUCUUUGCCAGCUAACGGGAAGAAAGAAAGCAAAGAAGCGAACAUCGUGGAUAGCGGUGCCGAGAGCCUUAGCACUAAAUUAAGCAGCCUACCCAUUGUAACGUCCUCUCUUCAAAGCGUCUCUGAGACCUGUCACUACAUUAAAAAAUCUAAUUCCCUCGUCAAAUAUGGUUUUGAAAUGGCCGAGAAAGCACUCUGUACUGGUAAAGCUGUUCUUGAAUCGAAACCGCUCGCACCGAUAACAAAUUUGGCUAUAGACCAAGUUUGCAACUUGGACAAAGAAGCUGGAAGUGUUGUCGACAAGCUUUGGAACUCUGAUGAGAAAGUCGAAAAACCGCGCAUCUGUGAAACCAAAGACGAACAGCAAGAUGCUCCAACUCCAGCAAACAUAGACGUUGUAGUGCAAGAGGAAUCAUCGUUUUACUUCAUGUGCAAGACCAUUGUGCGAAUGACUGCCUUUGUAGUAUGGAUGAAGUUCAAAGUCCUGUCUUUCUUCGUUUACUUGCCAUGGACUAUACCGAGUUACAUGUUCUGGACUAUCAUUGGUUUUCUGGGAUUUGGCAGUUGUGAGGAACGCGGUCAAAAGCGAAAGGACAGAGGCUCAAUGUCAGGCGAAUCAACUUGCAUGGAGCCUUCUAACGUGAAACGUAAAUAUGGCGAUCGUCAAAGUACGUCAUCUGAAGAGGGAACUUUGAUACAGAUCUACAGUACUAACUACGUCGGUCGUAAAGAUCCUGACUAUGUUCCGGAGGAGCACGAGACGGAGGAAAGUAGCGAAGAUUCCGGAAAUGAGGAAGAGAAGGAAGAGCAAAGGAAGGAAGCUCUCCACCUGACUGAUCAAAUGGUUAAAGAAGGUAUACCUCUAUGUAAAGAAAUAAAAGCGAAUAUGAAAGAGAUUGAAAAGAAAAUGAAUAAGAAAGCGAAUGAUGCUCCUUCCUUGUCGGGGACUGGUAUCGAAAAUUUGGCAACGAAACCUCCCACCGGCAAGCCAACCGUAGCUAAGGAAUCGAUAGAGAAAGUCAGCAAUCGCAAUGCUAGUCCCAUGGAGGAAAUUUCUUUAAAAGAACACAGCAGUGAGGCUAAAGAAGAAAGCCUGGGAACAGAAAAAGCGGAAGCAGAAGUAGAAAAGGGUGGGAAAGAGAUCGACCAAACUCGCAAAUCGAGGCGCAGCUCCAAAUCCCCGCUUCUCGAGAGGCUUUUGUCGCCGGGACGUAGAAGUCGCCGAAGUAAAAAGGACAAAGCAAAACCUGAAUCUGAAACUACCGAAAUAUCGGACGAAGUAUCAAAGAAAUCAGACGAAAGUACAAAAUCAAAAGCUCUUUCAGCAAGUCCUACGGCAUCGUCUGACAAUGCAAAAACGCCAAAGAAACACGACGAUACUUCAAAGUCUGAUGUAAAAGAAGAGAAUGCUUCACUAAUGAAGGGAGGACCAGAGAAAUCGGAAAUCCCCGUAAGUCCUUCAGAGCUUGAGACAAAGGCAUCCACUGCUCAGGUUGUCAAUGAAUCUCUAAGAGCUGCCUCUGGUCCUUUUGAUGUCUUCAAAUUUGGAAAAAAAUCGAAGUGAUUUAUUAGUUCUAACAGAUUAAAUUAAAAAUAUUGACAGAAAAUAUAUUUCAAAUCCCUAUCAAUAGUGCAAUAUGUAUGUAAGCAGUUCAAAAUAUGAAGAUAAAACCAAAUUAUGUAGUAAAAUGUUAAAAAUUUA